AUGGCGGCGAGAGGCCAUGUGCAAGAUCCUAACGACAGGAGACUCAGACCUAUUUAUGAUUAUCUUGAUAAUGGCAACAAUAAGAUGGCAAUACAGCAGGCAGAUAAACUGCUGAAAAAACACAAGGACCUGCACUGUGCCAAGGUUUUAAAGGCCAUCGGCCUGCAGAGGAUGGGGAAGCAGGAUGAAGCCUUCUCGUUGGCCCAGGAGGUGACCGCCCUGGAGCCCACCGACGACAACUCUCUGCAGGCGCUGACCAUUCUGUACAGGGAGAUGCACCGCCCCGAGCUGGUCACCAAGCUGUACGAAGCGGCGGUGAAGAAGGUCCCGCUCAGCGAGGAGUACCACUCUCACCUCUUCAUGGCUUACGCCCGCGUGGGAGAGUACAAGAAGAUGCAGCAGGCAGGGAUGGCCUUGUACAAAAUUGUCCCCAAGAAUCCAUAUUACUUCUGGUCUGUCAUGAGUCUGGUGAUGCAGGCGAUCUCAGCGAAGGAUGAGAAACUGGCCCAGACCAUGUUCCUGCCUCUGGCCGAGCGCAUGGUGGAGAAAAUGGUGAAGGAGGAGAAGAUCGAAGCCGAAGCUGAGGUGCAGCUGUAUUUUAUGAUCCUGGAGCGUCUGGGGAAGUGUGAAGAAGCUCUAGAUGUGAUCAGGGGUCCACUGGGAGAGAAACUGACCAGUGAGCUGCAGAGCAGGGAGAGGAAGUGCAUGAUGCUCUACACUCGACUGGAACGCUGGCCGGAGUGCAACGCCCUGGCCCAAAAGCUGCUGCUGAAAAAUCCUGACGACUGGCAGUUCUACCCCUCCUACUUUGACUCUCUGUUCCACCUGAUGGACCAGUCGUGGAGCCCACCGGAGGACGGAGAACACUGCUCGGAGGGUUCGGUGCAUCACACCGUGGCCGAGGUGGUGAGGUUUGUGGAGGAGAGAAUCAAAGUAGAAGAUGAAAAAGACUCUCGCUCUCUCAGAGGGCCGUACUUAGCCCGGCUGGAAUUGAUGCACCGACUGAGAGAACGAGGCUACCCUGAGGAGAACCUGCCAGGCGAGCCUCUAGACCUGAUGGUGCAGUUCUUCAGGAAGUUCGGAGACAAGCCGUGCUGCAUCACCGACCUGAAAAUAUACCUUCAUCUGCUGAGUCCAGACCAGCAUGUCCAGUUUAUUAACCGGCUGAGUGAAGUGGUUCCACUGGGAGAGCAGGGAGAGGACGGCUUCGCUUUCCCAGAGGACACCAAGGCCCUCCAGAGGCAUCUGUGUGUUUGUCAGCUGAGUCGGGCCCUGGGGUUGCAUCACUCCCUGGACGUCAGUGGGAAGCUGCACCUCAUCGCCGAGCUCAAGGCUCACUAUCACCACGGCCUCAAGUUUGGAAGCAGCGCCCUGAAGACCGAGCUGCAGUUCUCUGACAUGUACUGCCUCAUGGCAGCUCAUGUGUACAUAGACCUGUGGACAGAAACAGGAGAUGAGGACAUGGUGUGGCAGUGUCUGGGCCUCCUGGAGGAGGGUCUGUCUCACAGCUCCUCCAAUGCCCAGUUCAAGCUGCUGCUGCUGCUCCUCUACUGCCGCCUGGGCUCCUUUGAGCCUGUGGUGGACCUUUACUCCAGCCUGGAUGCCAAGCACAUACAGCACGACACCAUAGGGUUUCUUUUAACGCGUUACGCCGAGUCUCUGGGUCAGUUCUCUGCUGCCUCCCAGUCCUGCAACUUCUCCCUCAGGUUUUUCCACUCCAACCAGAAAGAUACCUCCGAAUACAUCAUCCAGGCGUACAAGUACGGCGCGUUUGAAAAAAUCCCAGAGUUCAUCGCUCUCAGGAACCGGCUGAACCAAUCGCUGCACUUCGCCCAGGUCCGCACUGAGAGGAUGCUGCUGGACUUGUACCUGGAGGGGGACAUCGUCUUGAGUCUAGAGGAAAGUGUUAAGGCCAUGUCUUUGUCUUCAGAGGAAGACGAUGUCCCCUGGGAUACUUUAAGGGACAACAGAGACCUUACUGUAUUCACAAACUGGGACCCUAAACAAAGGCAGUUAACUGAUGAGCACCGGACUCGCUCUCUGGAGGAGGAGACGGCCUGGCUGCGGAUCCGCUCACUGACGUUGCGCCUGCUCGCCUCGCUCACGCCGUCGGGACACGCCGCCUCGCAGCAGAACUCUGAGAUGUCCAAUGAGAACGGCGUCGGCGACAGGAGCUCGCUCCACCGCAGCCUGCUGUCGCAGUUCAACCAGACGCUGCACGCAGCGGCGCAGAUCGCAGAGAAACGCACACAGUACCCCCUGCUGGGCCCCCCCUCCACCCGAAUGGCCUCGGCACUGUCCGUCGGCAGCUGCCACUGUCAGGCUGCGGCGCUGCAGCUCUCGGUCCACCUGCAGGAGCUGGAGUCAGCCGGACUCGACGAAUCAUCGGAGCUUCAAAUUCAGAUCUGUAACGUUUUUAAGUCAUUAGUUGUUCAACUUCAAGAAAUACUUAAUAAAAGCAAAGGAGAUUUAUUGGAAAUGAAAGGGAGCAAAUUAAAAACCCAACCCUCUUUAUUAGAAAAUCUAGUUUUCUUUCUUGAGACAGUGAGCAUAGUGUUGUGGAGUGCUAGCUACUGUGCCAAGAUCCUGCGGCCACUGAAGACAAGUUUACAGAAGAAGAAAAAGAAGAAAAAGGAUGCCAAUACUGCAAUGCCGUUGGUGGUGUGUGGAUUCCAGGAGCUGACUGGGAACUUGCAGGACUUACUUACCCAGGCAGUGGAGCACAUCAGGGGGCAAGAGUCUGGCAUCACUGCCCUAAAACUGGCCAGUUUAACCUUGGAAGGAUGCUCAAGGGAGGAGGCGUCGUUUACGAAGGCUGCUAUGGACAAGGUGCAGAGCAGUUACCUGCGUUCGCUACAGGAGGUGGGAGAUCUGCUCAAAAAGAGAGCUGAAACUAUAAAGAACCUUAAAAUCUGAAAAAAUAAGAAAAGCAACACAUCCUGGACUGAAGAUGACUGUACACCCCUCACUCCAUCACCUACCAGCCCACCUGCUCUGCCCUGUGAGUUGAGCAGAAAACCCGGCCACGCUGUCCGGUUCUGAUCCAUCCUCACUACUUUCUGUCUGGAGCUCUUAUUUUUCCUCCCUCCCAGCCCCUCUCUCUGGAACACCUGCAACUCUAAUAGCACAUAAAGCCUGCAAGUAAACAAAAAUAAACUCAUGAACUGAUGCAGCAUUCAAAACAAAAAAAAAAAAAAGGUGCACUCUCUUUUAAAGAGUUAUCUUACAUUAGGAAGAAGAAAAAAUGAAUAUACAGUUUUAGAAUCUAAUAAAUUAUUGUACAUAAUAUAAACCAUAACUCCUCGAUUGAAUGAGAGUAUAAGACACAACGAACCACUAUCCCGUCUGUCGGCGAGUUUCCUGUUUUCUGGUCACGUCGAGAACAAUCGCAGCGAGACGCACAACUUCAUCUCCGAGGGAGGAAGGAUCCGUCGACAUGCUGCUUUGUUUUUUUUUUUUUUUUUGGCGGCAGCCGAGCAGGGAGCCA